AUGACGACCACCAUCAACCUUGACAAUGAUGCCAUUGCCCAGUCGGGCUUGGUUGAUCCUGAGAACAAAGGUCACCCUUACAACCCGGCCCACGGCUCAAUGGACGCACAAGCCCGCAAGGCCUCAUUGCAGCACCACGACGUGAUGCUUGACGAUGAAGACUAUGAGGGCAAGCCCACCGAUGAGGAGAUGCAGACUCUCCGUCGUGUCUCUGGUAAGAUCAUGUGGAGCAUGUGGACGAUCGCCUUCGUCGAACUUUGCGAACGUUUCUCUUACUACGGUUCGGCUGUCUUGUACACCAACUUUGUCAACAAGCCUUUGCCUGAAGGCUCAACUACCGGAGCUCCUGCAGGCGGCCAUGGCCAGCCUGGUGCUUUGGGCAUGGGCACCAAGGCUGCCCAGGGUAUCAGUCUUUUCAACCAGUUCUUCGCCUACCUGAUGCCUCUUCUUGGUGCCUGGAUCGCCGAUGCUCGCAUGGGUCGUUUCUGGACGUUGCAUCUCGCCAUCGGUAUCUCUACCAUUGCUCACGCCAUCUUGGUUGCCUCCUCCGCCCCCACCGUCAUUGUCAACAACAAGUCCUCCUUUGCCGCUUUCAUCAUCGGCUUGAUCUGCCUCUGCGUUGGUACCGGAUUUUUCAAGGCCAACGUUUCUCCUCUGCUUGCUGAGCAGAACGAAGAUGUCCGACCCCGAAUUGAGGUUCGCAAGGGCGAGCGUGUCAUCGUUGACCCCGCUGUCACCAACACCAGAAUCUUCCUGUACUUCUACCUCUGCAUCAACAUUGGCUCUCUUGCCGGCCAAAUUGGCAUGGUCUAUGUUGAGAAGUACGUUGGCUUCUGGCUUGCUUUCCUCAUUCCCACUGGCCUGUUCUUGCUUGCUCCUCUCGUCCUCUGGUCGCAGAAGAAGAGCUACAAGCUCAAGCCCCCCACUGGUUCAUUGCUCUCCAAGUUCAUCAAGAUGGCCAAUUUUGCCCGCAAGCGCUCUGGCUGGAAGAACUUCACCUGGGAGGUUGCCAAGCCUUCGCGUGUGCCCAUUGAUGAGCGACCCAGCUGGAUGACCUACGAUGAUGCCUGGGUCGACGAGGUUCGCCGUGGUCUCAUGGCUUGCAAGGUCUUCCUCUUCUUGCCCAUCUUCUUCCUUUCUUACAACCAGAUGACGGCCAACCUUACCACCCAGGCCAGUACCAUGGAGCGACACGGUGUUCCCAACGACAUUAUUCAGAAUCUGAACCCAAUCUCCAUCGUUAUCAUGAUUCCCCUCAUUGACCACCUCCUGUACCCUGGUCUCCGCAAGAUGGGUUUCGCCUUCACUCCCAUCAAGCGUAUGACGACUGGUUUCCUCAUUGCCGCUUUGUCCAUGGUUGCCUCUGCUGUCAUGCAGUAUUACAUCUAUGAGAAGAGCCCUUGCGGCUGGCACGCAAACACCGAGGGUUGCGAGCCCGCUCCCAUCAACGUUUGGGCCCAGAGUUUGCCUUACAUCCUCAUUGGUAUUGCCGAAAUUUUCGCCAAUGUCACCUCCUACGAGUAUGCCUUCUCCAAGGCCCCCGAGAACAUGAAGUCCCUCGUCAUGAGCAUCAACUUGUUCAUGAGCGCCGUGUCUGCCGCCAUUGGCCAGGCUUUCGUUCCUCUUUCUGGAGACCCUCUUCUGGUCUGGAACUACACCGUCAUUGCUGUCAUCGCUGUCGUUGGUGGUGUCGUCUUCUGGUUCUGCUUCCGCCACCUCGACUCCGAGGAAGACAAGUGGAACAUGCUCAAGAAGUCCGAGUUCAUUGGCAAGCAGCAGCCUGGUGUUGGCAAGGCCCACGAAGCCGGAGAAAAUGCUUAG